CCUUGAUUGAAGAAGCUCGAACGGCAGUCGGUACGUCGUUCGUUCGUCCUCACAUCCCACCUCUCGAGAAGAGGCAUCCACCGCCGUGCGCGAGAGAGCGUGAGAGCGAGAGAGCCACCGCCGUGCGCUACUCCGGCGCCGACGUCCACCGCGCCCUGCGCCCACGUCGCGGCUCACUCCGACCGCGGCGGCCACCUUCCACCCCCCCGCCCCGCCCACUUCUUCCCGCCUCCCCCUCCCCUUCCGUUCGCCAUGGCCGCGAGUCCGAGAUCGGUCACCUCGUCGUUUCGGCCGCAGGGCGAGCGCCUUGUGGUCUCGGGCCUAGGGAUCUCCUCGGAGUCUGGCGACUCGGAGGUUCGGGGGCCUGCUGCUCUCGCGGAGUGGCCUGCGGAGGUGUUGGGGGCGGCGGAUCUGGUGAGGGAUGUGGAGACAUGGGUCCGGCCUCCGCCCACCAAGAAGGAGAUGUGGAGGAAGCGGCAUGGUGUCGGUGAUCCUGCCGGGCGUGGCCAUGCCCAUGAGCGUGAGCAGACGCGGCGCGAGGUGUCACCGGAGAUGCGGGACAAGUGCUUUCGUUGUCUCGAGAAGGGCCACUACAAGACAGACUGUACGAACGACAUCGUCUGCUUCCGCUGCGGCCUCUCCGGACAUGGCUCCAGGGACUGCAAACGGCCGCGGAGCCCCUCCCCUGUCGACGAGCUGCGGAGGGACGCGCUGGCCAAGGUGGCUUGCCGUGCUUCGCCGGGCGCUACCUCAGGG